UCAACAGUAUUUUACAGCUUCCAAAUUUGACUUGACCUCUCUCUUAUAUAACACCCCUAUUGGUUCUACCACUACUACAUGUACUUUCUUCUCUGGCCUAAAACUUCCAUUCUUUCUCCAUUUCUUCAAUGGCUUUUCCUUCCUCAUUUCUCUUCUUCUUCCAAAUCAUUCUUUGUAUUCCCUCUGCCUUCUCCACAAAUUCUGAAGGGACUGCUUUGCAUUCUUUGAGAACCAAACUUUCUGACCCAAAAAAUGUUCUACAAAGCUGGGACCCUACACUUGUAAAUCCUUGUACAUGGUUUCAUGUUACCUGUGACUCAGAUAAUAAUGUUAUUCGCCUGGAUUUGGGCAAUUCUAAUAUUUCUGGAACAUUAGGACCAGAACUUGGUGAACUCAAGAAUCUACAGUAUCUGGAACUUUAUAGUAAUAACUUAGAAGGGGAAAUCCCAAAGGAAUUUGGUGAUCUGGAAAAUCUUAUUAGCAUGGACCUAUAUGGCAACAAAUUUGAAGGCAACAUUCCCCAGUCUUUUGCUAAACUAAAGUCUCUUAGAUUUUUACGGUUAAACGACAAUGAACUAACUGGUUCGAUUCCAAGGGAACUUACGACACUCCCCAACCUUAAAGUAUUUGAUGUUUCUAACAACAAUCUUUGUGGAACAAUCCCUGCUGAUGGACCCUUUGGAAGCUUUCCUAUGGAAGGUUUUGCACACAACAGACUCAAUGGACCUGAAUUGAAAGGACUAGUGCCCUAUGACUUUGGAUGCAAAGAAGUUGAAGUAUAGUUUGACAACAGCCUUCACAAGAUUUCUGCUGGGAAGUCCUACAUUUGGGAUAAAAGCAAUUCCGUACCAAGGAAGCUCAAAUUUGAGAUCUCUUGAUUAAAAACAAAGGAGUACUUACUAUUCCACCAUAACUCUGUUGGUUUGUGAUUGUUAAUAGGCUUGUUAUCUAUGAGUAGUGGCAAACGUAGAGUUGACUUGUUAUUAAAAAUAUUCCCUCCGUCUCAUUUUAUGUAACACUUUUCGCAUUUCGAGACUCAAAUAAGUGUAUCUUUGAUCA